AUGCUGAAGAUCAGGAAGUCACAGCAAGCAGCACAGUACCUGCAGCUUCAGCAAACAUCACUGAAAGCUCUGGGCUGGCUCAUGGUGGUUCUGCUGGAGACAGAGCCCAGCGGUGGCUUCUUCCAAAACAUAGUCCAUGUCCUGCAGAAAUCUAUGAUAUCAACCAAUGUGUGGGAGCGCAAGAGGGCCCUGCAGACCUGCUCCCAGCUGCUGGCUGUUUGUGAAGAGCUUCAAAGAGGAGAUGCCUGUGAGCACUUUGGCUCCUUGGUGGGAUUGCUGGCGCCUCUGACGUGUGACCCCAUGCCCGCAUCCCGCCAGCUGGCCGUCACCUGUCUGAGCUCCCUUCUGCGAAUCCAAGCCAAGGCAGUCAACACAGUCAUUGAGACGGGUGACAUCAAGAGCCUGUGCGAGGGGCUGCAUUCCUGCAGCAUCGCCUCUCAGCUCCAGACCACGUCCAAAAUGGCAAGAAUUGUGUGCAGAAACUUCCCCAUCGAACGCACCGUUGACUUCAUGGCGGCCAUCAAGGAGACCAUCCGGAAAGCCAACGGAGUGCGCAUGCGUGCGUGCCACUGA